GUUGGACCUGUACGGUAGGAUAUUGCCCGGUGGUGACUUCACCCAGGAAAGAUUUUCGAAGUGAAAUUGAUUGGAGUUGAUACGGCUGGGAUAUUGUAUUACGAUGGGCUGCUGCUUCUCCAAGGAAGACGAAGGCGGCUUUGAAGCCAAGGAGCACCUCCUCCCCAAAGGAUCCAAAGAAGUGAGUGCCCGUGAGGCGCCCAAGGACCUCACGUUGAACGCGCCAUACGUGGCCCCUGAACUCCCCGCCAAGAGCCCUUCCCCAAAGAAGCAACAAUCUGCUGCUGUUGUCAAGGCGGUCGUUGAAGUUGCCGCCAAGGUCCCCACGCCUACCACCAUCGCUGCCUCCGUCGCCAAGCCAGAAACCCCCAAGAAGGCUCAAGUGGUUGCCGUCCCUGCAGUGGUCGCCGAAGUUGUUCCCGAAGUGGCUGCUGUCGUCGCUGCCGUCGAAGAAGUGAAGGCACCUUCGAGAAAGGCAUCCAUUGAACUUGCCGCCCCCUCGCCCAAGAAGGCAGUGUCACGCAAAUCCUCUGUGGACAGCGUCCCUUCCUCUAAGGCCGCUGCUUCCCCCAAGAAGCCCCUUUCGCGCAAGUCGUCGGCGGCGUCGGAUAUCCCUGUCGCGUCCGUCGACGAAGAGGUUGCCGCCGCUCAAGUCGUGCCGUCGCCCAAAAAGUCCGUCUCGCGCAAGGCGUCUGUGGAAGCGGUGACCCCUUCGCCUAAGAAGGCCACCUCCCGCAAGUCAUCUGCCGGAUCGGCCGAGCCCAACGAGUACGUUGUGAUGGAUGACCAGUCCUCCAACAAGGCGCCGUCUCGCAAGGCGUCGUCGAUUGACUCGCCCAAGAAGCCCGUCUCCCGCAAGUCGUCGGUGGAAGUAGCGGUGGUGGCGCCUGAACCCACCCCUGUGGAAGUCGUGGAGGUCGAAGUACCCGUGCAAGAGGUGGCGGUCGACGAACCCGUGGUCGCGGCGGUCGAAGAAGAAUCUGUGGUCGAAGAACCUGUGGUUGCGGCGGUCGAAGAACCUGUGAUUGCGGCGGAGGUGCCUGAGCCGACCCCGGUGGAAGUCGAAGAACCUGUGGCGGCGGCUGUGGAAGCGAUCAAGGAGGACGCGGCGGAAGGCCAAGGCGAUUCCGGCAAGGACGACGACGAUGGACCAUCCGAUGCCCCCAAGUCCAAGAAGAAGAAGAAGAAGGGCAAGAAGAAGGGCGGAAACUAAGCGGGGACACAGUGUAUCAUUCCCAUUUUUAACAACACGACGACCUACCCUUGAGAUCGUGUCUUAGUCGUGCAGUAGUUAUGGACAUUGUGCAACAUAUGCAAGGCUCCUUCGGACGCUCCAUGCCGCGAUGCAUCAUGAAGGCACAUGCUACCGUUAGGAUCGCAAUCUUGAUGUGCACUUCGC